GCCGGUGUGAGGUUCAAUCUCACGGGUGGCAGGUGUAAUGUCACCCAGUGCGUUCCAAACGAUGAAGUCAUGAGCCCACAACCCAUUCUUAAACCUCGGUGUUUAAACUGUAGGAAGAGAAAGAUCAAAUGUGAUUAUAAGCGCCCAGCAUGCACGACAUGCGUGCAGCGGAACAAGGAAUGCACAUAUGACAGCAGCCUAAUUUUCGUCAACUACGAGAAAGAGAAGCCAAACGAGGUGGCAACACAUGUAUCCAAAGCUGCUGUUCGUCUGCGAGGUACUGAGCGCCCGGCCAUUUCCGUGCUUAAUACCGCUUAUCAGGAUGGCCUUUGGCAACGAUUUCGAAGCUAUUACGUUGAAAAUGCAGGCGGCACAAGCAGACUAUUUGAGCUAUGGCUAGAAGCUCAAGCUGUUAAUGACCGAGCUAACCGCAUGUCCAGCAUGGCAUCGGCUGCUCUUUGUCUCAAGGUUGUUGGCCAAAAUACGUCGAAUCGCUCCAUGCUCAAUACGAGUUUAAUGAUGGGUAAUGGAGCUCUUGCAUUGCUGCGCAAGCAGUUAUCACCCACAGCUACCGAAAAGCAAAAGAAAGAAAUGAUGUUGACAGUUAUGAUCUUCCUCAUGGCGGAUGUCUGCAUGAUGGGUGCACAGGAAAACCUUCAUGUUAAGGGUAGGAGGAGACAGGAAUGGCUUGACCACAUCCCUGGGGUGGAACUAUGUAUGCAAGCUUUGGGACCUCAUAUGUUUCAGUCGAAAGAUUUGGGUCUUCUCUUCCAAUGCUGCAGAACAACUCUGACUACAGCAUCAAUAUACACAGAAAGAACGUCAUUUUUGGCUAGUGAGAAAUGGAAGACAAUUCCAUUUGAGAAUAUCCCUAAGAACCCCUACCAUCUAGCUGGCGAUAUCUUCCUCGAUGUACCAACGCUUCUGGAAUCUGCACAAGAUGUUAUUAAUACGACAAGUAUUGAUGAUCUUGAAGGGAACUUGGAAAAGUUUUGGAACCGGUUUCAAGGGUUGGAAACCUCUUGGGAUACGUGGUUAAGGGUAUCGGGUCUUUAUAGAGACCCCCGGUAUCGACCUAUCCCGUCCCCAGAGGCUGACUUUGUCGCCCUGAAACAGUUCCCAUUCAAGAGCCUCGAAUUGACUCUUCUUACUAUUCUGUAUUAUAUCGGCAAAUUCCUACAGCACGAGGCGGUUUGGCGAGUGGCAACCUCACAUAUAGUUCUACCCGAAAAGUUUGCCGACCGCUUCAAUGCGCACCUCGAUGGUGCGCCUUAUAAGCCGGCAGCUGACUACAUCUGUAUAGCUCUGGAUUUUUGCUCUCAGCCACAGCAAGGCAUAGUUGGCAAAACCUUUAUCCCUGGAGCAGUGAAGGUCAUGGAUAGAUUCUAUCUCAAUCAUGGCCUUCACAACAAGGACACCCCGACCUUCAAAAUAUUCCAAGGUUUCCGCGAAGAUGGCUAUCUCGUCGCGGCCGACUUUUCCAACUUGAAUCUCGACGAAGCAUAUAUGUAAAUAGAGAAUAUAGUGUAUCAAAUACGAAAUAAUACGAAACUUGACCCGACGGUUCUAUCUAAUGAGAGGGCGCCA